GCCGAACAUCGCAGUCUUUGUCCAAAAGUGCAUCUCGAGUAUCUCAAUGCUCCCCAUAUCCUACACAUCACCACAUUCAAACCCUGUUCCUCAUCCCACAGCAUUGCCAUGGCUUCUGUUUCAAGAGGUCGACUACUAGAGCUUUCAAAGCUCCGAUGCUCAAUAUUUUCUACCACAUUCAACCCAAACCAACAGAGACUGGGCAAUAAAAUCCUACGAGCGAGACUACGAGGUCCAGCUUUGGCUUCAUACUAUCCGAGACGGUCGACUACGGUGGAGGACAUGCUGAAUGAGUUCAAGAGAUUUGAUUUGGAAGGAAGCAACGAACAUGAAGAUGCUAGGCUAGAAAGUAUCCAGCUCGCCAAACUUCGAGGCAAGGGUGCGCCCAAGAAGAAGCGGACGGCAGAAGAGAGUCGUUUGAAGAAGGGCAAAAAGAAAUAGACGAUUUCCACAAUCAAAAUUUGUAUAUUAGGAUACCCGGAAGACAUCCAGGAGGUGCUUUAUGUGAUUGCGGACCUUUGCUUGUGCGAUGAUGUUUCUGAGUUUUUCCAUUUGUCCAGGCGUAAAGACGGCCACCUCCUCUCAAGCCAAACCUUGUCUUUACCUGCAGCCAGCUCGAGCAAGCCAGUUCUAUUCCGAUUUUGGUCUUUGGUGGAAGCAUCUAACCUACAGGUCACAAAGCCAGUCUGGGGUCUAGCUGACCAACACAGCAGUGGAUUAAUCUUCUGGUCGGCGGAGAGUGAAAGUAUCAACUCAGCAGCUAUACGGUGGAAGUCUUGGGGCUACCAUAUACGGGCGCUACAAUUGGCAUUUACACGGUUCAGAAUUGCUUUGGGUGAACCGUCCGCCGG